AUGGCUCAUCGGCUAUCGUCCUCAUACUUCGCGCCUUCGGACUACAAGGCCUCGAAGCAUGCCUCGUUAGAUGUUCCCGGAAGCGUGUUUAUGAUCUCGUCCGCUGGCAAUGUUCUGCGGUUGCCGAUUCCCAGCAAGUCACCACGCGAUCCACUGGCGUGGAGCUGGGCUCGCCGAAUUGCUGCAUUCUGCAGUCUGGAGUUCUAUUCCGUGGUGGCGUCAUUCUUGGUUAAUAUACCUGGCACACUCAUGCCAGCGUUCCAGAGUGAAUUCGGUACAGAGAACACGGCUCCCUUCAGUGUCGCAGCGUUGCCUUCAACGAUGACCUUGUUCAUGGCUGUAGGGUAUCUCGUCAACAUCCCACUUUCUACUGCUAUUGGUCGCCGACCUGUCGUCAUCAUGUCAGCAGCGAUCGCGGCCGCUUCGACACUGUGGGCGGGCUUUGCAGGCAGCUUCGCCCAAUUACUAGUCGCUUUUGCUUUGCAAGGAUUCGCAGUUGCUGGUGCGAUCAGUAUGUGUCUUACGAUGGUCCUCGAUGCUACUUUCAUCCAUGAGAGACCGUAUGCCUUGUCUCUAUACUGGUGUGUGGGAUCAGUAAUCAUCAAGGCCCUUACGCUUCCGUUGCCUCUCAUCACUGAGAUUACCACUGACUGGCGACCGAUUUACGAGAUAUGGUUCCUUGUAAUACUCAUAGCUCUAGUACUAGUCAUCUGCUUCGUUCCGGAGACCUAUUUCAUCCGGCCACCUGUUGCUUUCGACGGGCGUGUCUUGGUACAGAGCGGUACAGAAAAGGUACGGAUCUACGACGAUUGGUUCCUCGUUCAUGAGACUGGAGGCAUGAAGCCUCUACCUGAAGCACCAUUACGCAGUGCUUGGUUCGACCAGCUCAAGAUACGGAGAGCAGAGGGCACACAAUGGUGGUCGAUGCUUGCUACAUUUGCACAGAUGCCCUUCUGCUUUAUCAACCCGCUCAUAUUCUGGGUCUCGUUGCUCAAUGCCUGCCUGUUGGGGACCGUCAUCUUCCUGAACUUGCUCCAGCCAGGCGCACUCAUGGGCUUCGUCGGGAUAGGGAAUAGUGGUCUGAUCAACACUUAUCUCGGCGUCAGCGGCGCUAUAGGCGCGCUCCUUGCACUUCCUCUCUCUGGACCGACCACGGCAUGGCUUACGAAAUACCUUUCUUUGAGAAGCGGAGGUGUCCGCCACGCCGAGGUCUACCUGCCCGGCUUCGCGAUCCCGACUAUAGCCGGUUGUUUAAGUGUUGGUAUGGCUGCCGUCGCGGUGGACAGGGAGUGGUCGCCGCUCUGGCAAUAUGUCGCAGCUACGCUCAGCAUGAUUAGCUACAACACGGGCAACGUCGCGACGGCGCUCUGGGUGACCGAGGCGUUCCCGCGCUGGGCAUCUGCGGCGCUGUCGUCCGUCUUGUUCACCGCCAACGCCGUCGCCUUCAUCCUGGGACUGAAACUCACGCCUUGGGUCAGGGGCGUGCAUAUCAUGCCUCAGAGCUACGUCUGGAUGGGAUUGCUGGCGGUCAUGGGACUUGUCGCUGUGCCAGUGGCAUUCUGGGGCAGGACCGUGCGACAGUACAUCCAGGGCCGGUGGAGCUUUUCGGAGAAGGGAGCCUUGCGUCCACAGUAA